AUGUUCAGUGGUGAGUUUUCUGCUGACAAACCUGUGGAGUCUCAUGACCUCAUUAAUGAGACAAAAACAAACGACAGGACCAUUGCCCGUGCUCCCCUGCCCGUGCUGCCCUGUCCGCCCGUGCUCCCCUGUCCGUGCUCCCCUGUCCGCCCGUGCUCCCCUGUCCGUGCUCCCCUGUCCGUGCUCCCCUGUCCGCCCGUGCUCCCCUGUCCGCCCGUGCUCCCCUUGAUUUAA